AUGGGCACCGCCGACCUUUCAGUUGAAGCAGCGGCAGACGUCCAGGAUGUCGACAAAAUCCCCGAAAAGGGAGUCUUCUACCGCCGCGUCUUCUUCCAAGCGACCGUGGUAGGAUUCUGCGCUUUCCUCGCGCCAGGCCUCUACAAUGCAAUGCAAUCGACUGGCGCCGGUGGGCAGCAGUCACCAUACCUUGUCAUGGCUGCAAACUCCGUCCUCGGCGCCACCAUGGUUCUAACAUGUGCCCUUGGGAGCGUGGUUGCCAAUUGCGUAGGUCUGAAAAACGCCUUGAUCUUUGGGACAACGGGGUAUUGUGUAUACGCCGCUUCACUAUAUACGAACAAUCGAUACGGAAACGAAUGGUUUGUCUACCUGGGUGCCACGGCUUGUGGUAUCACGGCUGGCGUUUUCUGGGCUGCGGAAGGGGCUAUCAUGAUCGGGUACCCGAUUGACUCCCAGCGAGGACGAUAUCUGGCAUAUUGGCUAGCAUAUCGAAAUGGCGGUUCUAUCGUCGGUGGCAUUAUCAAUCUCGCAUUCAACUACUCUGGAAAGUCAACUGGGAAGCUUGACUGGAGAACUUAUAUUGUGUUUGUAGCUCUGCAAUGCGUCGCUCCCCUUGUCGCACUGUUCCUAUCGCCCCCGGAGAAAGUCCAACGUGCCGAUGGACAGAAAGUCAAAACAGCAGAGAGGGUCAGCACAGUCCGCGAGAUCAAGGAAAUUCUCAAGGUCCUCGUCCGCAAAGACUUCCUCCUUAUGCUCCCCUUCUUCUUCUACGCAACCUUCCUCCUUUCCUACGCUAGCUCUUACCUAACCCUUUACUUCAGCGUGCGUGCGCGUGCCCUGGCAUCCCUAAUAUCCGCCCUGGCGCAAAUCACCGCCAAUUUCUUCUUCGGCAGCUUUCUCGACUGGCAGCGGUUCACUCUGAACCAGCGCGCCCGGUUCUCGUACAUAUUCAUAAUGGCUCUGUUCGGGGGCACGUGGAUUUGGGGUGCCGUCGUGCAGCAUAGCUACGAGAAUCAUACCCCGGCUCUAGAUUGGGUUGAUAACGGGUUUGGGAGGGGGUGGGCGUUUUAUAUUUUGAUGCAGGUUAAUUUUGCUCUGGCGUAUAACUACGGCUACUGGCUGGCGGGAUAUGUAGCCAGAGGCCCAGCUGAAAUUAUUCGGCUGACUUCGACUGUUCGGGCGGUUGAAGCUGCUGGUGGUGCUGUGGCUGCUGGGAUUAGUUCCACUUCUGCGCCGCUCAUCGCUGCCUUGGGAGUCAAUUUCGGUCUAUGGGGGCUCGCUGUGGUGCCGACGUACUUUGUAGCGAGGAAAAUUGGGCUGAGUGCGCAUGAAGCUGACGACAAUGACAUACAUCAGGUGUAG